UAAACAUAUAUUCUGAUAUAUUCUGAAAUUAUUCAAUAAUGUCCGAGUUAACGGAGGAGCAGAUAGCUGAGUUCAAGGACGCCUUUGUGCAGUUUGAUAAGGAAGGAACCGGCAAGAUCGCCACCCGUGAACUGGGCACCUUGAUGCGGACUCUGGGUCAGAAUCCUACUGAAGGUGAACUACAGGACUUGAUAGCGGAUAUUGAUAGCAACGGCAAUGGCCAGCUGGACUUCAGUGGAUUCUGUGCCAUCAUGGCAAAACAAAUGCGCGAAACUGACACCGAGGAGGAGACAAGAGAAGCCUUUAAGAUCUUUGAUCGCGAUGGUGAUGGCUUCAUAUCACCAGCUGAACUCCGUUUCGUGAUGAUAAAUCUGGGUGAAAAGGUCACCGAUGAAGAGAUAGACGAAAUGAUUCGUGAGGCUGAUUUCGAUGGCGACGGCAUGAUCAAUUACGAGGAAUUCGUCUGGAUGAUCAGCCAGAAAUAGUUUGAGUUUUUAAAAUAUUAAUAAAAAUUAAUGGGGUGCACUGCAAAAA